UUCAAGCAGUUCAGUAGCUAAUUUUUUCGCUGUUUAAUCUCUAAAACUAUUGAAAUAUGUUAAAAAUAUUUGGAGUAUUUUUAUUUGUGAUGACGGUAUGUAGCUUAGUUGGUUCUGCAAAAAAUAACUGCCCAACUAUAAAGACAAAAAAUCAAUGGGCUGGCAAAGCCGCAACGGACGUCACCUAUCAGGUGCGUCCGAUUCGUUAUGUCGUCAUUCAUCACACUGCAUCAGAUCCAUGCUCCACAUUUGUGGAAUGUGCUGAACUUAUUCAAGGCAUACAAAAUUAUCAGAUGACGGACUUGGAGUAUGAUGACAUCGGUUAUAAUUUUCUUAUUGGUAAUGAUGGCAACGUCUAUGAAGGUACCGGUUGGGGUGUGCGUGGAUCGCAUUCAUAUGGCUAUAACAUGAACGGAACUGGUAUUGCUUUUAUUGGAAAUUUUAUAAAAAAAUUACCUACACGCGCUGCUUUGGACGCUGCUAAGAAACUACUCGAAUGUGGAGUUAAAAAAGGUGAAUUGGACCGUCAUUAUAAAUUAUUGGGAGGCUUACAAGUUAUAAGUACACAAAGUCCAGGUCUAACAUUAUACAAUGAAAUUCAAGAAUGGGAUCAUUGGGUCUCAACUCCUUGAAUUAUUUUUUAAGUAUUAGAAUUAAUAAAUAUAAUAAAUAAGAAAAAUAUUAAGAUAACAGAU